UUUGAGAAAUGCACGUUAACUAGAUUCCAUGCCAAACUCCUGAACCACUACUUCUCCCCGAAAGGUGUUUUAUUGAGGAUUGGCUUCCCUGUAAAUUAUCACUGCGAAACACUUAUCUAUGAAACUCAGAAAUCAUACCUGACACUUCAUGUGUACUUGAUUCCAAGUGAGAAGGAAUUGAUAGAGGCUGCUGAAAACAAUGAGAUUAAAAGCAAGUCAAAACUCAUCUCAAAGCCAGGGCCUGUAUCCUCACUAAAGACGAAGACUUGGUAUUCACUGAGGACGCUGGAUGAAAAUAAGCAAUCUGAGUGCAAUUCUGAAGUUCAACCCAAACAGUUAGAGCUCAAGUACAAGCACAUAAAUCCAGACUUCUAUGAAGUAUUCGUUGCUGAUCCAAAUGACUUUCACCUUCAGCUGAUGCCACAACAUCACAGUGAAGGUGUAUGGGAAGCCAAAAUACGUCAAGGUGAUUACAGCCAGAGAGUUUCUUCAGCGGAGGCUGAAGCAGAACAGAAACAAGAAGGAUGCAUAAACUAUAAUGGAGCUGAGUUUGUGGAGAAGCACAGGAGAGAGUUGAUCAGAAGAGUGUCUCUGGUGGAGCCCAUUGCAGACGACAUGAGAGAUCUGAUUAAAGAAGAGAAAUACACAAUCGUCUUAAACUCAGGAACAAGACAAUCACAAAUGAGAGCACUUCUGGACUUCCUCACAACACCUAAACUGAAAGAGAAACUUUACCAAAGUCUUCUAGAACAUGAGCAUGCACUUGUUGAUGAUUUGGAGAACCCUGAGUAGAUGGUCAUGCGUCAGAAGAAUGAAUUCAUUAUGGUUUAUUAUUAUUUCACAGCAGAAAUUAAUAUUAUAAUAAGGUCUGGAGUGUUUGUCUAUUAUUACACACUUUGUGGAAUAUACAGUUCUGGCUGGUUUACGCACAUCGCUGUAAAGUAUAUAUUUUUUAUUUUUAUUCUGUUGUUUAUAUUUUCACAUUAAAUGCCAUUAAGGGUUACGUUUAAAACCCAUGAAUACCUUAACACAAAUCAUUUUAACCUGUACUUUGUGACUUGCUGGAAGUGAUUCCUGCAUCAUAUGGGAUGUUACUAAUGCCACUCACACGCUGUGAUUUUUCAGUCAUUUGAUCACUGUUCCCUUCACAAUGCAAUACAGACUACAUGGAUAUCUCUUGAUUGGUUACUUUUUCGGUUAAACGUGAUGUGACUUAUUUUUAUAUUGCACAGUGUAGGUAUAUACUGAUUCACAACAAAAAUAAUAACUUUAUCCUUAAAA